AUGGCUCAAGGAUACGCCGUCUUUAUCGGCCUCGUUGUCAUUGCCGCCCUGUGCGUGGCAUCGUGGUUCCUUGCUCCCAAGGGCGAAAACCAAGUACUCUGGCGAUCCUCUGCUAUCCUGGCCAUCGUGAGCUGCUACCUUAUGUGGGCGAUUACGUUCCUCGCCCAACUUCACCCUCUUAUUGCGCCGAGAAAAAGCGGUAUCCGAGAAGAGCACCUCCACUAG